AUUUAUUAUCUGUGCGUGGUGUCAAGUUGGUCGUGUCGUGUUCGUGUUGUUUACUCAUAAUUUACGUAAAUAUUUUGUGCUCAAAAAUAGUGAUAUUUCUACAAAACAACAUAAAAAGCUGUGAAUUUAACCUCAUAAACCCUAAAAAACUAGUAUAAUGCUGUGAUAACACCCAAUUUCUUAAGUUAAAAAGACUCAAAACUUUUCAUUGUGUAACCUCGGAAAUUUAUCAAUAAGAUGGGUGGAAAGGCUGAAAAAGGUACUCCAAAGUACAUUGCGAACAAGAUAAAGGCUAAGGGCUUGCAGAAAUUGCGAUGGUACUGCCAGAUGUGCCAGAAACAGUGCCGAGACGAGAAUGGAUUCAAAUGCCAUACUAUGUCGGAAUCACAUCAAAGGCAGCUGCUACUGUUCGCUGAUAACGCCAAUAAGUACAUAGAUGAAUUCUCCAAGGAGUUCGCUGAUGGGUAUUUGGAACUCCUUCAUCGUCAGUUCGGUACGAAAAGAGUUAAUGCGAAUAAAGUGUAUCAGGAGUACAUUUCUCAUAGAGACCAUCUCCACAUGAACGCUACACAAUGGGAAACUUUAACGGAGUUUGUGAAAUGGUUGGGUCGUGAGGGCAAGUGUGUUGUCGAUGAAACGGAGAAGGGAUGGUUUGUGGCGUACAUAGACAGGGAUCCGGCUGCGAUAGCCGCGCUGGAGGCUAAGGCUAAGAAGGAGAAGAUGGAUAAGGAUGAUCAGGAAAGAAUGCUAGAAUUCAUACAGAAACAGGUAGAACGUGGGAAGAAGCAGGGUGCUUCUGACGGGCCGUCGUACUCCGAGUUCAAGAGGGAGAGCAGCCAGGAGAAGGUGGUGUUGAGCUUGAGUUUGAAGAGGAAGGCUGAAGAAAAGAAAGCAGAACCGUUACCAGUUUCAGCUCUCAAACUAAAAGGCAAAGAAGAAAGUUCCAAGAAGCAGAAGAUAGAAGAGAGUAAAAGUAAGCAAUCGGCUUUAGACGAGAUCAUUAAGAUGCAGGAACAAGCCAAGGAGAGAGCUAACAGGAAAGACUACUGGCUCUGCGAAGGUAUUGUAGUGAAAAUAACGACGAAAUCUUUAGGCGACAAGUUUUACAAGAAGAAGGCGGUUGUUGAGAAAGUGGUCGACAAGUACUGCGCGCAUGUCAAGCUUACUGAUGAAAAUACCAGGAUUAAGCUGGAUCAGAAUCACCUAGAGACCGUGAUCCCGUCGACGGGCCGGUCCGUCCGUUUCGUGAACGGCGCGUACCGCGGCGCUACCGGACAACUAAGGGAGAUAGACAUUGAUAACUAUUGCUGCGAUGUUGAGAUUUCCGAAGGACCUCUAACCGGUCGUGUAGUGAAAGGUGUUCAAUACGAAGAUAUCAGCAAGCUAGCGACGUGACAAGACCAACAUAUGUAACUUUAGCUCCUAAGGGGUAGACAGAUGUGUAUAUAUAGGGUGGCUGGUAAUUAGUGAACGAUAUUUAAACACAUGAUUGUACUCAUAAUUACAAACAACUUUCUCAAAGAAACUUUUUUGUAUACUCAUUAGUUUUAUUUUUAUCACAAUGACAAAACAACUAAAUUUCGCGC